AUGGCUCCAAUUCCGUCUUUCGGUCGAAAAGUACUCGACUUCUUUUCUUUCUCCUCGCCAAAGCCGCAAGGAAAGUCUUCGUCCUCUGGUUCCUCUCUGUCUCGUACAUCUGAGGAGUCAUUUGAGAUGAUGACGUUCAAACCACAUGGUUCUGAACUUGCGCCGGCUCCACCAUUUCGUGCCCCGGCCCCAGCCCCAGCCCCCUUCCGGCCCCUGCGAUCGUCGCUGGUGGCAGAUUCACCGCCUCAGUUGCCAAACUUCGAUUUUGGCCCGGCUUUUGAAGUCCCCAGCAAGUGGACUUCGGCAAAGAGAGACUUGGUGUUCCCGGAGGCAAAGUGUAAGUUCACGCCUUUCCGAUACGCUUUGAUACAAUGUUAA